UUCCCUGAUUUAUAGAAAGCUGCCUCCUGCCAGCCGUGCUGUGACACCCGCCGGCCCUGUUUCCUUUGCAGCUGCGCUAAUGCGCUCCCUUAAGAGUAUUUCUCUGUGUCUCGCCAGCCAUCGGCACGGGAACGUCGCUAGUGCUCUCCCUCUUGCUUUCCCUCCUGCUCUUCACCGGCAUGCAGAUGUACAGCCGGCAGCUCGCCUCCAGCGAAUGGCUGACCAUCCAAGGGGGGCUGCUGGGCUCCGGCCUCUUCAUCUUCUCGCUGACAGCCUUCAACAACCUGGAAAGCCUGAUUUUCGGCAAAGGAUUCCAAGCCAAGAUCUUUCCGGAAAUCUUAGUAUGUCUCUUGCUGGCCCUGUUUGCAGCGGGACUGAUCCACCGAGUCUGCGUCACCACCUGCUUCAUCUUCUCCAUGGUGGGCCUGUACUACAUCAACAAGAUCUCUUCCACGCUGUACCAGUCGGCGGCUCCGGUACCUGCUCCUGCCAAGACCAUUAGCAAAGGCAGGAAAAGAAAUUGAUGCCCCUUGCUCCUUAGAUCUGUGCGUGGGGAGAAGAUACUGUUCCACAUGAGCCAAUCAUUGAAUAAAUUUUUUUUUUUAAAAAAAAA